UCAAAGUUGCUAAAGCCCAACUGCCACUAGGGUUUAAGCUCAAAAGUUUUUCAGAAAGAAAUGGCGAACUCCAUGGGUACGCUGUCACGAAGGUUAUGGCGCUCUCUGCUCUCAAACUCUAGGCCUUCUUCCCAUUACCUCUCCGCUAAGUCCAUGUGCACUACCGGAACCGGUCACCUAUCCUCCGACGAAGCCGCCUCCGAGUCGGAAACAGACUCAGUCCCUCCAUUACCGCAGCAAUCUUCCCCAUCCCAAGAAUCUGACCCACAACAACGCAUGGUCUAUGACCGACCCCUUGAGAAUGGCCUCGACGUCGGCAUCUAUAAGGCGAUAGUGGUGGGGCAAGUGGGUCAGAGUCCGUUCCAGAAAAAGCUGAGAAGUGGGACGACGGUGACGCUGUUAUCGGUGGGGACGGGUGGGAUUCGCAACAAUCGGAGGCCAUUGGAUAAUGAGGAUCCCAGGGAGUACGCCAAUCGGUGCGCAGUUCAGUGGCAUCGGGUUUCAGUUUAUCCUGAGAAGUUGGGCGGAGUUGUCAUGAAGCAUGUUGUGCCUGGUACGAUUCUGUAUUUGGAGGGGAAUCUGGAGACCAAAAUCUUCACUGAUCCGACAACAGGUUUUGUUCGACGUAUAAGAGAGAUUGCCAUUCGUCGAAAUGGUCGCAUUGUAUUCGUAGGUAAUGGUGGCGAUGCACAGAAACCUUCACUGUCGGAAUUGAAAAGUGUUGGCUAUUACUAGAAACCAUCACAAUCGGAAAUGGUUACAAGCGGAUGAAGGCAGAAAACUUGUAGGAAAUGCUUUAUUGCUGUACUGCUCUAUCUGGGCUUAUGCCCUCACCCAAUAGCACGUCUGUUUUGGGAGGCAGUAUAGGGAAUUAGUUUUGAAAUCUUUACUUUCGAAUUGUAUGGGUGGAUGUAGAACCAUGUUGACAUGAAGUUGAAGCUGAAUCACCACCACUCUUUGUAGGGAAUGCACAUAAAAAAGACAUUCAUGCAAACAAAACUUGAAUGUUGGUUUGAUGUUGGCCUUUCCAUUUAGGUUCUUGGAAAAAUAGAAGUUCACAGAUCGUGCAGGAUGUUACGAUGAA